AAGCUGCAAAGCCAGGGGCGGUUCUCCCUCGCUCAGAUUGGGUGGCUGCAGGUGAACAGCUUGAGGAAACACGGCAGCCUUCAGAGGCGCUGCCUGCGGGGCGUAAGUAGCUCUCCAGGGUGCUGAAGACGCAGCGCCCGCAGCCCUGCCCGUCACUUCCAGCCCCUGUAAUCCAAACACCAUGACUCUGCCGCCGCUGCUGCGCCUGAGCCAUCCCGUGCGUCCUCUGGCUUGAAUUGGCGAGGCCUGGGCGAUGGUCAGGGGAGGGGACACCCGAGAGGACACCUGUGAGACCGUCUCAUCGGACCUUGACGCUGUCUCGAUGGAUUCAACGAAAUGGGGUCGCUGGUGUGAGUUAUUAUAACGAAGUGAACACAAAGAUCCACUCCCUCGGACACCCUAGAAGGACAAUGCAACAUAUUCCUCCAAACUUCAGAGGGGCGCUCUGGGAGUCAAACCAUCCAUGUGUGCCUAUCAUUAAAAGUAGGCCCACUCUGACCACACUGCCCUGCUAUAACUUCCUGCUAUGGGUCUUCAUCGGAGUGUUGACGUUUCCUUGCUGUGUCCAGUGUUUGAUAUUCAAAGUGGGGGUCUUGGGGCCCUGGAACUGCGACCCUGUGUACUACAGGGCGCUGCCCGACGCCGCCGCCCGGCUCGCUGUGAACCGAAUAAACGGAGACCUGAAACUGGAUCUGGGACUGAAACUUGACUUCAUCAUCCUCCAGGAGCCCUGCGAAACCUCCAAGGCUCUCAACGCCUUUAUUUAUUAUGAGCAGAUUGCGGACGCAUUUAUCGGCCCAACAAACCCGGGAUACUGCGUGGCGGCCUCACUGCUGGCCAAGAACUGGGACAAGGCCAUCUUCUCCUACGGAUGCCUGAGCUACGAGCUGGAACGCGCCACGGGAUACCCGACGUUUGCCAGGACGGUGCCGUUUCCAAUUGACGUGUUGUUCAUCGUGCUGAAACACUUCAGGUGGGCCAGUGCUGUCGUGGUUUCGUCCAAUGAGGAUAUCUGGGUGAACACUGCCGGCAGAGUGGCCGCCGCUCUUAGGAACAAGGGUCUUCCCAUCGGCCUUGUCACAUCUAUAGGUCUGAAUGAGACGGAGGUGGAGAGCACGCUGUGGAAGAUCCAGGAUGCAGGAGAGGUCAGAGUCAUAAUCAUGUGCAUGCACUCAGUCCUGGUUGGAGGUGAGCAGCAGGCUACUUUUCUCCUCAAAGCACAGCAAAUGGGCAUGACUUCUGGGAGGUACGUGUUUGUGCCCUUCGACACUCUCCUCUACAGUGUGCCCUACACCAACGUUUCCUACGUGCCUCUGCAAAACAACAGCAGCCUGAGGGAUGCCUAUGACGCCGUGCUCACAGUCACCAUGGCCUCAGAGCCUCUGUCCUUCAACGAGGCGUUCGCUGCAGCCAAGAGAAGUGACGAAGUGAUGGUGGCCAUGCAGCCAGAGCAGGUAAACCCACUAUUUGGGACCAUCUAUAACAGCAUCUACAUCCUGGCCAAGUCCAUGCACAGCGCCCGGAGAGCAGGUAUGCAGCUGUCAGCCUCAAACCUGGCCUACUUCACUAGGAACACAACCUUCAGUGGUUUCAACCAGAGGGUCAAGUUGGACAAUACCGGGGAAGUCAAGACCAACUAUGUCGUCCUGGAUACUGACAGCGGGAGUCAGCUGUAUCAGACGUAUGUGGUGGAUCUGACGAGCAGAGUGCUUCGUUUUGCAGGGAGGUCCAUUAACUUUCCAGGAGGAUCGCCUCCGUCUUCCGAUUCCAAGUGCUGGUUUGAAAAGAACGCUGUUUGCACGGGAGGUGUGGAGGUCACCUACAUCAUAGUGGUGUUGGCUGUUAUCUUGACUCUGGCUGUAGGAGGACUCGCCAUAAGUCUUUAUAUCAGGCGGCGACUCCAACAAAUCCAGCUGGUCAAAGGUCCCAAUCGGAUCUUGCUUACCUUAGAGGAUCUCACUUUUAUCAACCCCCAGCUUAGCAGAAAGAAAAUCACUUUAGAGGAUCUGAGCGAGUCAAAGAGCGCUCUGGAGGAGAAAUCUGGAGACUGCUCACACUCUGUGAACAGCAUGCAGACUGCAACUCAUGACUCCACCAAUGUAGCCGUGUAUGAGGGCGACUGGGUUUGGCUGAAGAAAUUUCAGGGGGGGCAGUUCAAAGAGGUGAAGCAGAGCACAACAAAGAUUUUCGCAAAGAUGAAGGACCUGAGAAAUGAGAACGUCAACCCGUUCCUGGGCUUCUUUUCCCACUGCUCCAUGUUCGCGGUGGUGACAGAGCACUGCUCACGGGGAAGUCUGCAGGACCUGCUGAAGAACGAGGACGUAAAAUUAGACUGGAUGUUCAAGUCCUCGCUCUUGCUCGACCUCAUCAAGGGUAUGAAAUACCUUCACCACAGAGAAUUUCCCCACGGCAGACUAAAAUCUCGUAACUGCGUGGUGGACGGGCGUUUUGUCCUCAAGAUCACUGACCACGGCUUCAAUGAGAUGCUUGAAUCUCAGAAAGCUCCUCUAGAGGAUCUUCCACCUGAAGAUCUAUUUUGGACAGCUCCCGAGUUCCUGAGGGACCUGGCAAGCUCACGUAAAGGGACCUCUAAGGGAGAUGUAUACAGCUUUUCUAUUAUCCUCCAAGAGGUUGUGGUUAGAGGGCUUCCAUACUGCAUGCUGGGUCUAUCACCUGCGGAGAUCAUCCGCAAGGUGAAAAAGCCUCCUCCAAUGUGCCGCCCCACCGUGGCACCGGACCAGGCCCCACUGGAGUGUAUCCAGCUGAUGAAGCAGUGCUGGAGCGAGAUGCCCGACCGCAGACCAAACUUUGAAGAGAUCUUUGACAGGUUCAAGAUCAUCAACAAAGGCAAAAAGACCAACAUUAUUGACUCCAUGCUGAGGAUGCUGGAGCAGUACAGCUCCAACCUUGAGGACCUCAUUAGAGAGAGAACAGAAGAGCUGGAGGUGGAAAAGCAGCGGACAGAAAAACUGCUCUCUGAGAUGCUUCCGCCCUCUGUUGCAGAGGCUCUGAAGACCGGUGCCACAGUGGAACCAGAGUACUUCGACCAGGUGACAAUCUACUUCAGCGACAUUGUAGGUUUCACCACCAUCUCGUCGCUUAGUGAUCCCAUCGAGGUGGUCGACCUCCUCAAUGACCUCUACACUCUGUUCGAUGCUGUGCUCAGUAGCCACGAUGUCUACAAGGUGGAGACCAUUGGUGAUGCUUACAUGGUAGCAUCAGGUCUGCCAAAGAGAAACGGCAACAAGCACGCUGCUGAGAUCGCACACAUGUCUCUGAACAUCCUCAGCUCAGUGGGAACCUUCCGUAUGAGGCACAUGCCAGACGUGCCCGUCAGGAUACGAAUAGGAAUCCACUCAGGGUCCUGUGUUGCUGGAGUGGUAGGUCUGACCAUGCCUCGGUACUGCCUUUUUGGGGACACUGUCAACACUGCCUCUCGUAUGGAAUCCACUUCGCUGCCUUAUAGAAUCCAUGUGAACAUAAGCACGGUGAAGAUCCUCCACUCUCUUAAUGAAGGUUAUAAAAUAGAAGUCAGAGGCAAGACAGAGUUGAAGGGUAAAGGUAUUGAAGAGACAUACUGGCUUGUGGGGAAAACAAACUUUACAAAGCCUUUGCCAAACCCACCAGAGAUCAAACCAGGGGAAGACAAUCACGGCCUGAAACCUGAGGAUAUAGCUGCGUACAGGAGAAAGAAAGCUGAGAAAAAAGCUUGACCUUCUUAGUCCAAACAACAGAGGGACAACUGGCAGGAGAUGGUGACAGAGGAGAUCAAGACACUUUUUCGCAAUGCCAACAGGCAGGUAGACAAAAAGAUCUGAGUGUGAGAAAGAAGAAAAACCAGGAGAGAAGAGGAGAGGAGGACACAUCUAGAGAGCUGGGCAGGGCAGCCAGGGGACAGAGGCCACCACCCAGCCUCUCACUGUGGCUUAAUGCAGACUUGUUUAAGAGGAUUGUCCGUCAACUGGCUAAUCUGCCUGCGGCCAGCGCAGCAGAACACCAAGGCGCUAAUGUAAUGAGAGCUGUCGCAUUACCCGCCGACGUAUCUGCUGCCGAGAAGCACAUGGAAGGUGCAUCCACUCUUUAAUGAAGGGUGCACACGUUCAUUCCUCUCUUCACACACUGGCCACUGAGUGGUCACCUAUUUAAGGGCAAGCAGAGCUUCACCCAUUGGAGGAUUGAUCAUCCCAAACGUCUAUUUCAAAAUGAAAUCUUCUUUUCCUUUUCUGGGGAGGAUGUCCGUUUUUAGUUUGUCAUGAAAGCUCAUCAUAGAGUUGUGGAGCCGAGGCUGUUACUUAGAUAUGAGUGAAUAAUCUAUUUACUAGCACUCCAAAGGUUGCAGGAGAAGGCUGCUAUUGUGUGUAAUAAUCAAGAGACAAGAUGAGACGUGUUUUAAGCUAUCAGUCCCUUUUUGAUCAACAUGAAUGAGAUAACACAGUGGUUAAAAAGUAAGGAUAAUGCAGUUGUAGCAGUGAUAAUGAGGAUUCGCUCUCUUUUCUGUGAUAGUCAAUGAUAUUUGAAAGUCUUUCAGUAAAUCCCAUCACUGCUCUCGAUGAUGGAUUUAUUCCACUGAGACAUGCUGCUGUAACACCUGAUUUCAGCACCUAUCAUUCUGGUUGUUUGGGCUACGUCUCUGAAAGAUACAAGACACGGCUAUCAAUAAAAGACAAACAAUACAAAAGUAAAUAUUUCAUGACAAAGAGUAAUGGCCGUCAAGACUUUUGCAAUUGAACAACUUCAAAUACUACUGGUUGAAGUAAUGUUCAUACAUAAACCCAUAAAUGUUUACUUCUGAAAGCAAACUGUGUGUACAAAGCCAAUCUUAUCUGGGAGUGUUAACAGUUGCUACUGUUACACUAUUCUACACUUAAAGAUUUCCAGAACUAUAGUUUCCUUCCCAGAAGCAUGAUGUUAUAAAAAGCACUGUGCAUAGACUGUAUAUAACGAUGGGCAAUAUGACGGCACCGCAAAAGUGGAGCCAUAGAAUCUCCAGUACCCCCCUGGUGGUCCUCUAUGUUAGUGAAUAAACAUAAAAAUGUAUUUCUGUCAUUUCAGGUAAUAAUUGUCAAAGGAAGUUCAAAUUUUUCCCAAUAAAUUUGGUUUCAUUUAGUGAUUUGCCAUAAAUACGGGGGUGAAACGUCCUGAUUGUCAGCUGAGUCUGACUCGUGAAUUGUCAACCGCGUGUUGCGUCAGGACCUUGAUAUUGUGGCUCCAAGAUAGCAGCAUUCAUAUCCGGGAUGUUUUGUGGGAGGUUCACAAGCUUACAGUUUUUCACAAUUGUUAACUAACGUUUUUCAAAACAAUAACGGCUUUCUAAAAACUGCACACAAACAACUGAAAACCUCACACACAAAAUGCUAAACCUGACACUCACUUUGCAAGAUGACUCUUUGCCAUCAAAUCUCUCAACUGUUAAAAAAAUGUAACUGUGUUUUCAUUUGGUACACACAGCCAUAUUUUCAAAUGACACAGACAUUCAUUGAGUACACACAACUAAGCAUUUGCUUACCCCCCCCCCCUUCACAAAAAUGUAUUAGGCAUCACGCCUCCAGUUCCUGUCUGGCCAGAGGGCCUCAUCCACCUCACAGGCAAUGUUCUCCCUGUCUAUGCCGCAUUGGAAGAAACACCUUGAGUGGUGCAUGAAGCCCUGACAGGCCUCGACACUCACGUCGCCACAGGCCUCCUCCAUGGCCUGGAGCAGUGGGACCCGGUCCUGUGGGUUCCGUUCAUAUACCUUCCACCUCAAAGCUGAAAAUAAUUCCUCAAUGGGAUUCAGGAAAGGAGAAUAAGGUGGAAGGUAUAGAACGAAAAAAUGUGGGUGGUCCCGGAACCUCUCACGCACUUGAGCAGCCCAGUGGAAGCUCACAUUGUCCCAGAUGACAACAUGACCGUUCCGCUGUGGGUCAUCUAUCUGGCCAGUUGGUACCAGCAGGUCAAGCAGUCCAUCCAGGAAGACGAGGAGACGGGCAGCGUUAUAGGCCCCUAGGUGGGCACAUUGGCGUUUCUACAUGGAAUUGCGCCACGGGCGAGACCCCUAUCUCUUCUCUUCUCUUCUCUUCUCUUCUCUUCUCUUCUCUUCUCUUCUCUUCUCUUCUCUUCUCUUCUCUUCUCUUCUCUUCUCUUCGCUUCUUGUCUUGUCUCUUCUCUUCUAUUUGAUUUUUGGUUUCUUCGUUCUACUACUCUCCUCUUCUCUUCUCAUCUCUUCUCUUCUCUCCGAAAUUCUGCAGGUGAUGUGUAAUUGACAUUAGAGUAUAAAGAAUUAAAGUCAGAGUCUAUUGCAGAUAAGGGAGUGUGAAGUAGUGCCAUAUUGGGCGAGGGAUUGGUACAUCAGGUGAAGGUUGUGCAAAUUGUGCCGAAUUUUCGCUUUUUGUAAGAGUGCUAGUGUUCCAAUUUACACAUUUGUUAAAGCAUAUCCAAAAUAAAGUUAUCACAACUUC